UCUCUUUCUCUCUUUCUCUCUUUCUCUCUCUCUUUAUAUAUUUCAUUUCCUCUCUCUCUCUAGCGUUAGCUUUUCCUCUUUUCCAAAUCUUGUGUGCCUUUAUAUAUUUAUUUCGCAACUCACAAGCGUAAGCAUAGAAGGGUUUUACCUUCUAGGGUUUGGUCCUUGAUUAGGGUUGGUGGGUCGACCCGAACCGAUAAGAUCUCAGGCCUUUAUCUGCGGAGAUCCAGGUUUUCAAUUGGAUUCUUCUUGGGUUGUCUUAAUUUAUCCUUUUAGUUUAAAAAAAUUAGGGCUUUAAUUAAAAGUUAGGAUCUUUUUCUUUAGGGGUUGUCUCUGAAUGAAGGGAAUUUGAUUUGAGGUUAGGGUUUUUCUAAAUCUGUUAUUCUUUUAUUUAUUCCCAAUUCGUUAAUUUCAUAACCCAGAAUAAAUCAGAAUUCUGUGAUUGAGUUACUAUACAGGAAAUGAAUGUGAAUAUAUUCUGAGCUAUCACAAGGCAAGUCUUAAACCUGGAUCUUGAACAAAGGGGAAAACGACGAAUUAAUUGAACUCUGCAUUGCGCGAAAUGGUGAAAGUUGUCAUAUACCAAUGCUAUUGAUAUCUUACAUAAUUGUCGACUUUGCGUGUUUGUGUGUAAUUUGAGGGGAUCAAAAUGUUGAGAAGAAAUAGUUGAUAUGUGCAGACUUGGGGGGUUAUCCACAUGGCACCUACUGUUCCAAUAGAUUACAUUGGGCAGAGAGAAUCCAAGAAGUUGUUUAAAAAGGAUUCAGGUGAUAUGAUGGGAAAAUCUCGCAAGGUUUUUAAGGGUUACGCUUCUAGGAUUGUGCCAGAUUUUUGCAAUGCUGUUGAGACAAUGGCAGAAUCGGAGGGUUUUGGGAGCUCAGGACGGGUUGAUACUGAAAGGACUGCUUCGGAAGACUCUUGUGCACCUAAAAGGAAAUCCUUUUGUUUGAAUGCUGAUGGUUAUGAUCGAUUUGGUGUACCUAUUCAAGUAAUGUCAUUGUCCAAGAUGUCACGUUCUGAGAGAAGAGGUUUGGGAAUUAGGUUGAGGAAUGAACUUGAACAAAUCAGGGCACUGCAGAAGAAGAUUGCUUCUGUCGACUCUAAUAUUUCAGUUCAUUCACCUGCUAGCGAUAUUCAGAAUUGCACCGAUGGGCAGAGGAGGUCAGGAUCGGAGAUAUCUCAGAAGUAUCUGACUGAAGCAGUGGUGCCUCCUGGGAAGAAAAAGGCUGCGCUGGGAAGAAAUGGACCUCUUACUAAAGGAUCAGGAGCUAAGCGGCCUAAGCCAAUGAAAACGGCCGUCCCUUCAGAUACCAGCACUGUCAUGUUGAUGAAACAGUGUGAGACACUGCUAAACCGACUGAUGUCACAUCAGCAUGGUUGGGUCUUUAAUACUCCAGUUGAUGUCGUAAAGUUAAAAAUCCCUGACUAUUUCACUGUUAUUAAGCAACCAAUGGACCUAGGGACCGUCAAAUCAAAGUUACAUUCCGGAGAAUAUUUGAGCCCUUUACAGUUUGCCGCAGAUGUGAGGCUCACUUUUAAAAAUGCAAUGACAUAUAAUCCGCCAGGAAAUGAUGUUCAUUUCAUGGCUCAAACACUUAGUAAAUUUUUCGAGGUUAGAUGGAAACCCUUAGAAAAGAAGAUUCCUAUAAUAGAAGAGGAACCUUUACCUUCUAAGUCGAGUGUUAUCCUAGAAACUGAAACUGAUACUCCUCUAGCAAUGCCGCCUUCAAAGAAAAAGAAAGUUGCUCCGCUGGACAACAAGGUUACACCAGAGCCCGUAAAGCGAGUCAUGAGUGAUGCUGAUAAGCAUAAACUCACUGCCGAGAUUGAAGCUUUACUGGCUGAAUUACCUGAAAAUAUAAUUGAUUUCUUGAGAGAAAAAAGCUUCAAUGGAAGUCAAGUCAGUGAAGACGAGAUCGAGAUUGAUCUUGAUGCUCUUAAUGAUGAUAUCUUGUACGAGCUACGGAAGCUUUUGGAUGAGUAUCUACUGGAAAAACAGAAAAAGCAGGCAAAAGGUGAACCCUGUGAGAUGGAGCUUCACGAUGAGUCUGGAUUCAGCAAUUCAUCCAUGCAACCGUGCAAAGGAAAUGAUCCGGCAGAUGAGGAAGUGGAUAUUGGUGGGAAUGAUCCACCUGCUUCAAGCUUCCCACCUGUGGAGAUUGAGAAGGAUAGAGCUCGCAGGAGCAAUAAAUGCAGUAGUUCAAGUAGUUCGAGUAGUGAUUCUGACUCUUCAUCUUGUGGUUCGUGCUAUUAAGAACGUUUUCCUAACUUGUGACCUUUUUGCAUGUUUAUUACUAAUUUUGUUCAUUGUAAAUAAUAAGAAGUUGUUCCUUUUAUCCAUGCAUGCUCACUGUCUCGUCCCAUAAUGGGACACCCGAUAAGAGAAGUACUUCAGUUAUGACCUUUA